AUGUUCAAAUCAUGGAGCAAGAAAAACAAGAUCAAAGCUGUGUUCAAAUUGGAUUUUCAAGCAACUCAGGUUCCGAAGAUGAAAAAGUCUGCACUGAUGGUAUCUUUGGUGCCAGAUGAUGUUGGGAAAACAACAGUGAAAUUAGAGAAAACUGCUGUACAAGAUGGGACUUGUUCAUGGGAGAAUCCAAUUUUUGAACCGGUUAAACUUGUUAGGGAUUCAAAAUCAGGAAUUCUCCAUGAGAAAAUCUACCAUUUCAUUGUUUCAACUGGUUCAUCGAAAUCCGGCUAUUUGGGAGAAGCUUCGGUUGAUUUUGCUGAUUUUUUAGCAGAAACUGAGCCAGUUACUGUUUCUCUGCCAUUGAAGUUUGCCAAUUCAGGCGUAGUUUUACAUGUAACUAUUCAGAAUGUUGAAGGAUAUGCCGCUGAAAGAAAUGGGGAAGAUAAUGGAGCUGCGGGACUUCAUAAUGAUGGAAGCUUGAGACAUCAACUGAGCUAUGGCAGCACAGAUGAAAGUUACAACCUUGAUGAAAAUGAGAACUUGGCCAAGAGUAGAUCUGAGUAUUCUGAACAGAAUGCAUCGAAUGGCGUCAGUCCUAAGGUAGCUUCGUGGGAUGACCCUCAUAGCUUCAGACAGAACUCGAUGCCACCAAGAGGAUCGAUAGAGGCCAAUGCAACACAAAAUCAAGUGCAUAAGAGGUCGAAUACAGGAUGGUCGAUUGGUUCAGCGUCAGAUGGAAGUUUAGGUGACUGGACAAACAGCGCGGAAGAGAAUAUUCCAAGAGAAAGAUUACAAGAGCCUUCAGGCAAUGCCACUGAAAAUCUCAAAAGUGAAAUUGUUUCUUUGAAGAGGCAGGCAGAAUUAUCGGAACUGGAGUUACAAGCACUUCGGAAGCAGGUAGAAAAAGAAAGCAGUCGGGGACAGAAUUUAUCGAGGCAAAUCAAUGGUCUCAGAGACGAGAGAGAUUCACUCAAAACUAAAUAUGAGCAACUCAGGUCCCAACAGAACUUCAAUAAUACUAAUAACGAGACCAAAACCUCUAAAACCUUGAAGUCUGAUGUUGAAAAUACUAGGAUUCAGUUAGAGGCAUUAAAGGAAGAGCUUGUUUAUGAAAAAGAAACGAGUGGAAAUCUUCAGUUGCAACUGCUGAAAACACAGAACUCAAAUUCUGAACUUCUUUUGGCUGUGACAGACCUUGAAGAAAUGCUAGAACAAAAGAACAAGGAAAUAUUGGAUCUAUCUUCCAAAAUGAAAUCUCAAAAGAUUGCUAAAGAGCGUGAUAUUGACACAGAAUUAGAUGUUUUGCGACAGAAAAUUGCAGAACAGAAUAGUGAAAUAGAGAGUUGUGGUAAGCAACGCGAGGAGCUAAGCACGCUUUUAAAAGAGCUUACAUUGGAGUAUGAUAUUCUUGAGAAUGAAAAUGAGGAUAUAUCUUUGAGAUUAAAGAAAGAGGAAGAACAACACAUCAUGUUACGAAAUGAGCAUUCCGCUUCUUUAGUUACAAUACAACAACUUGAAUCCCAAGUAAAGAGACUUGAAGAAAAGAUAGAGAAUCAGGAAGAUGAAUUUUCAUCAUCUUUGGUCUCCAUCAAGGAACUUGAAAAUGAAGUUAAGUCUUUAGAGAAAGAACUGAGAAUUCAGGAAGAUAAAUACAAAGAAGAUCUCGAUGCCAUGCAAUGUGCGAAAAUCGAGCAGGAAGAACGGGCCAUUCAAGCAGAAGAAUCACUGAGAAAGACUAGACACAAUAAUGCUAUUGCAUCUGAACGUCUCCAGGAGGAAUAUAAAUCGCUUUCUGUUGAAAUGGCAUGCAAAGUUGAAGAGAACGAAAAGAUGAUUGCGAAAGAAGUUGCAGAAGCUGAUGAAUUACGGAACCACAACAAGCUUAUGGAAGAAACGCUCCAGAAAUGCAAUCAAGAGCUCAGGCUUAUUACAGAUCAACAUGAAUCGAAAGUGGAAGAGCUCUUGAAACAAGUAAAUUCUAAAGAAAAAACCAUAGAACAGAUGUCACAAGAGCUAGAAGUGAAGAACAAAGAACUUGAGGAUGCACAAAGACUCAGGGAUGAGAAGGAUGCUACAUUUUCAAAGAAAAUUGAAAUGCUUGAGAUCCAACACAAUGAAUUAAAAAACAGUUUGCAGAGAGAACAUUUGGACAAAGAAAAUAUGAAGAAACAUAUAUCUCAAUUAGAAGGAGAGCUUAAGAAGAAAGAAGCAGAACUAAGUGCUAUGGAAAAGAAGCUCAAGAAUAACAAAGGACGAGGUGGGGCUGUACAUAUGAAUCUGACCUCAAGAGACAAUGAGGUUGCUAAGGGUAAUGUUAAGAAGUCAAAAUCAGAAAUGCAUAAGGGAAAUGAUGCUGCAAACACUUCUAUUAGCAAGUCCGAAGAAAGUGAUGCUGAACGCCUUUCAAAGGAAUUAUUGAAAGAAGUCGAAAUUCUGAAGGGAAAGAACACGACUAUGGAAACUGAACUGAAAGAAAUGGAAGAAAGAUAUUCAGAAAUCAGUCUGAAAUUCGCAGAGGUAGAGGGAGAAAGACAACAACUUGUUAUGGCUGUACGCAAUCUCAAGAAUGGCAAGAAGUUCUAA